CUGAACAUGGCGGAAAUGUCCCGCUCCGAUCUAUUUCUGCGGAUCAAGCAGCACCUCAAAGACAAAGAAAGCAAGGAACUUCGCACCUACGUAGAGAGCGAAGAACUUUUGCCAGCUGGAGAGAUUGAACACCUGAAUCCGCAAGAGAUCUUUGUCAAACUAGAACACAAGAUGAAGUUGCCCAGGGGAGACCUCUCUCUACUUGUUGACCUUAUGACAAAGAUCGGCAGGGACGACUUUGCGAAGGAGGCGGAGACGGUUGCUGCACAAGAGAAGGAAGAGAAAAGAAGUGCAAAGCGGAGUCGGAGUCCCCUGGCAUCACCCGCAAGCAGCCCUGAAAGAAAAGUGAGGAGAAAGUCUGAAGAGUUGUCUGUACUAUCUGCUGAUGAGAAGUCUGGGCCAAGAGAACGCCUCCAGACCAACUCAGCCAGUGCAGAAACCCUUGUCACAGGGGGAACACGGUCUUCUCUAGCAACAGACACAGAACAGUCCUCCAGUAGUCAGCAAAAAAGGAAGAAGGAGAACGGAGAUCAGCCUCCUGUGAAGACAACAGCUCAACUUCGGGAGGGAUCAGCAAUGGAAGGUGUUCGAAGGUACUUCUUUUUCAUCAAGAAAAGGGUUUCAUCACAUUGGGGGGACCUGGCCUUCUUUCUUGGGUUUCAGCAAGCAGCUAUCAACAACAUCACAGGCAGGAACCCAGAUGACAAUUCUCGUUGUAUGGACCUGUUGGAGGAAUGGCUCAGGCUCAACGGAGAGAGAGCCACCAUAGAGGUCCUGAUGAAAGCUCUGUCAGAUGCAGAACUACAGAGUACUGUGGAUGAACUGAAGAUAAAAUAUCCCGACUGUGGUCAGUGGUAUUCAUAUUGUAAUACCAUAACUAAUAAAACAUUUCCCUCCACCCUUUUGUAUCCACCUCCAGAACUGCGCUGUUCAGAUCUAGUCCUUCCUGUGCCACUACAGUUGGGCCUGGGGCCACAAACUUCUGCUCAGGGGGGCAUCAGUAGAGAACGCCAGGAACAACUCAUGGCGCGUAUUUUGGAUCUUGAGUGCACACUGUUUACUGCAGAUGUGUUAAUGGAUGACGUUCGCCGCAAAAAAGCAGAACAGGUCUUGCUGUCACACAAGGCUUUCCUAACGGGUCUCCUUAGUGGGUCUGUCAUCCUCCUCCUGACGUUCCUGCGCCAGACUGACGUGGACAGGUUCUACCACAACCACUACAGGGUGGGGGAGGGAACCCUGUCUCAACAACUCUCACACAUCCUCAUCUCGGACGACCUACAGGACAAGGUCAAGGGCGCCCAGCUGAUCGUGAGGCUCCACGUGAAGCAUGAGGACUAUGUGCGAGUACGGGACAGACUGGGGCAAGGGCUGGUCCGUACCACUUCUGUUGACAACCUGCUGGCCCUGCCACCCCCCAUCAGUCAUGUGGACUGUUCCAACCUGAGCAGUCUAGACCUGGCCGUGGUGAGUAGAGAGGACCAGCUCUGUGAUAGGACUGACGACAUCCCAGCACUGAACUUCACAGCCAGACAGGUACAGACAGCCAUGCACACAAGUAAAGAGAAAUCACAACAACAAGUCAGACGUUUAGAAAGUGAGCACAGGGAACAGAUGCACGAAGCCAGAGAACAGACUGAAGCCAUGGUGCGCAGUCUGACUAAGGAGAUCACCAGGCUAAAAGAGAAGGAUGAGAAGGCACAGAAAAUCAUCCUGGAACAAAAGGACGAAAAUAAGAAGUUAACUGAGGUCAACAAGAGCAUGGCAGAUACAAUAGAGGAACUGAUGAAUGCAAAGGGUGGUACUCAGGGGGAGGACCCAGGGAAGAAGGAAGACCCAGGGAGGGAGCCAGGGAAGAAGGAAGACCCAGGGAAGGAGCCAGGGAAGGAGGAAGACCCAGUGAAGGACCCAGGGAAGAAGGAAGACCCAGGGAAGGAGCCAGGGAAGGAGGAAGACCCAGGGAAGGACCCAGGGAAGAAGGAAGACCGAGGGAAGGAGCCAGGGAAGGAGGAAGACCCAGGGAAGGACCCAGGGAAGAAGGAAGACCCCGUGAAGGAGCCAGGGAAGAAGGAAGACCCAGGGAAGGACCCAGGGAAGAAGGAAGACACAGGGAAAGAGCCAGGGAAGAAGGAAGACUCAGGGAAGAAGGAAGACCCACGGAAAGACCCAGUUCCUGGGCCUUCAAAUCUGCAGAAAAGGAAAAAAGAGGAUGAGGAUUUUCCUGCAAGGAAAAAAGCUUAUGACAAAGAGGUGAAAGUUCCAAACCUCCCAGUGUACCUCUCCCUUGGUCUGAAGCAACAACCAUCAUCAGACCCCAGGGCAGUUUUGCUGGUCAUCGACAAGUACGUCACAUCCGUAAACCGGGAGGUGGCACAGGUCCUGACAGGGGCGGGGAGGAAAGUUUACUGCACAGUUCUGCAGGAUACAGAAGAGGACAGGAAGGCUGCUGAGGUUGAUGGAGUGGAGCUCAUCCUCCCAUACUGCAGUCAGGGAGACACAAGGGAACCCUGUCUGGAUUGGCUGACCUUUGACCACCACCGCCGCUAUCCCAGACUCCCAGAGGAUGUUGGGUGGAUUGUGGGUCAUGCCGGGGUCACUAGCAGAGCAGCAGCAGCCAUUCAGGAGCAGCGUUUCCCCCAAGCCAACCUCGGUCUUGUCAUCGGGACGAUACCAGAGGACACAGCAAAGUACAUGGAUGAUGAGGAGGCCAUGGGCAUUGGGAGGAAGGAAGACUCCAUCAGAGAGGAUGCAGAGAAGGCAGAUGUUGUGUUCUCUGUGGGACACAACAUACAUGACCACUUCACCAAUUACUUCCGUGCAAUCCCUGAAAACAAGAAGCCGAUUCACCAUCUCUUCCUGCCCAAACCAUCGGACUUGUUCCAGAAAACUACAGUACAGUACAGGGAAACCAAGGAGAAAGUUGUCCUGUCCAUCGGUGGGGUCAAUAAGGUAGAGAGGCUGAAAGGUUAUGGCCUUACAGCCAAGUCCUUGGUAAGGGUGGCAGAAACAAGUCUGGAGAGGAUCCUAUGGCGGAUUUGUAACAUAAGUGAGGAGGAGUUUCAGGCCACUAUGUCCAUUCUCCAAGCCUGCAUCAACUCAGGAAAACUGAUCCCCACACUUCUCCCACACUGCACUCAGGAAGACAUCUGCCGACACAUGCAGCAGGCCCACCUGGUUCUCAUGCCCUCCCGUGCAGAACCCUUCGGACUGGUCGGUCUGGAGGCCAUGGCAGCCGGCGUUCCGGUCCUCAUAUCUGACCAAUCAGGACUGGCCACUUUGGUUGAGGAGGUCAUCCCAGAAUUCCAUCACUCUGUACUGGAAGUAGAAGGCGACGAUUCUGUAGACGUUGGGCGUUGGGCAAGUCAGAUUAAGAAAGUCCUAAGGAUGUCCAAAGCAGAGUUCCGCAAGGCAGCUGACCUUAGAGCAAAGCUACUGGAGUCCAGAUACUGGGAGGAGUCUCAUCAACAAUUACUUCAGGCAUUUGGAGGUGCAGCCAAGCGACCAGCAGCCGAAGGACCUUCUAGGUCUCGUGAGGGGCAUCAGGAGGACAAGCUGGCACAGCUGAUUGAGGAAAACCGCACGUUGAAAGCUCUGGUUCAAAAACUACAAGGCAGUGACAAGCCUAGAAGUCAAGAUAAGCUGCCAGGAGCUGAGAAACCUGGAUCUGGAAGAAGGCCUUUGGUGCUGCUGCUCAAUGAUGAGUAUGGGACCAGAAAGGGUGGCAUAUCCACAGUCAACCGCCAGAUCGGGUGCUUUCUGGCUUCAAAAGGAGCAAUGGUCCUUUGCACAGUCCUGACUGCCACACAACAAGACAUGGAUGACGCGGCUGCUGAUGGAAUUCAGCUGGUUUUCCCAACAACUUUUAAGCGUGAUCCGAGAGAGGCAGAGCUCUCCUGGCUGACCAUUGACCACCAGGUCCGAUAUCCAGACCUUCCCUCACAUGUCGACUUCAUCGUUGGCCACAUACACCUCACAAGUCAUGCAGCAAGACGGAUCAAGGAACGCUUUCCGGACGCCAAACUCAUCCAGGUAGCACAUGUGAUGCCAGAAGACACCAGUCAGUACAAGGGUGACGAGAGGGUGUUGAGCAUCGGCCAGGAGAGCCGCAACAUUCUGGAUGACCUACGGCACGCUGAUGUUCUCUUCUCAGUCGGUCCAUUGAUGUAUGAGUACUACAAGCAUCAGACAAGUCAGCUAACGCUACAACAUCACGAGCUGUUACCCAAGCCAUCUGACAUCUUCAUCGAUAUGAAACUGAAGCCACCGGCUGACACAGAAACGAAAGUGGUGCUGUCCAUCGGCAGGGUCAAGGGCGUGGAGAGGCUGAAAGGCAUUGAUCUGGCCGCAAAGACCAUGGGCAAGGUGAUUGACAAACUACCCCACACGAAGUGGCGACUUUGCGGCAUCAGACGAGAUGAUUUUCAAGCAAGCAGGAGCAUCAUUGAAGCCUAUACGGGUAACAUCGUCUUCACUCCCUUGGAGUACGCUACACAGGAGGAGCUGUGCGAGGACAUGGGAAAGGCCGAUGUCAUUCUGAUGCCGUCUCGUGCAGAGCCAUUCGGACUGGUUGGUCUGGAGGCCAUCGCCGCAGGGGUGCCAGUUGUGAUUUCCAACAAAUCUGGUCUUGCAAAGUUCCUGACAAAACAAGACCCCGAGUUCGACCGCACGAUCGUAGAGAUCGACGAUGACGACGAUGAAGCCGCCAAAACGCUGUCUAAGCGCAUCAUCAAGAUCCUGACGGAUGGGCCCAGAGAGUUUAGGGCCGCACAAAGUUUGAAGAAGAAGCUUCUGGACUCAGAGUACUGGGCUAAAUCAUACAGCAAGCUUCUCCAAACCUUUGGCCUGGAGGGCUGAGCUUAGCCACAGUACUUGGAGUUUCACCUGUUACUCAAGUGACAAUUGACAGUUCCACCAAUUAAUCUUAUGUUAUUCAUGCUACAUAUACCAGUGAACAGGUAUCCAACUAUUCCAUAAGUAAUCAAUAUACUAAUGGUGUGAUUUACAAAUGUAUGACAAGAAUGGAUAUCUAGGGAAAGCAUCACAGGUUCAUAUCACUGGUGAAAGAAAUUUUCAGAUGGCAACACUUUGCAAACAUUAUGAGAACAAUCAACAUUUCAUACUAAGCUUUUGCAGCACUGUAGACCCUUAGAUAAUCUAAGAUAGCCUCUUGUGUUAUCGGUAUAUAUAUGAAUGCAACAUUAUACUUCAUACCACUGUAUGUUUUGGAAUAGGACUUGAUACAGCAGAUUUUAGAGUUAAUUGAAUUUUGCAGUUUCAGGGGUUGGUUAAAGUUUAACAAAAUGUAUAAUG